CUCUGUUUUUUCCCCUCCUGCUCCUCUUGCGGUUGGUACACUGGACCUUUAUGGGUGUCCUUCAGAUAUCUUGAUUUGCUUCCUUGAACCCCAGUUUUCUCCCCUUGGAAUCACAGAGGAGAAACCCACCUUUCUGAUCACUGUCAUAUGCAGAAUUCACGUGGUCUGUUUCCUAGACGUUUUGUGUGCUUUGAGGCUGCAGUGAGAUACCAAGCUUAGCGUUGAUAUUCAGCACACACAAACAACCAGCCAACUCCAGUUCUAGAGUCCAAACACGCGAAGUUUUCCUGGGCCCCAGUCUCUCCUACAAAUGAGCAGAUCUCCUAUAUAUUUGGGGGUCAGGAUUUCUGGCUGUCGGGCCCUCGAUGCUGAAGACAGCAACAGCGGCACAGAAUCCUUAGACCGGUUGCUGCCCGCUGUGGGUACCACGAGAUCGCCACGGAAACGGACCACCAGCCAGUGCAAAUCGGAGCCACCCUUGCUGCGGACAAGCAAGAGGACCAUCUACACCGCCGGACGGCCGCCCUGGUACAACGAGCAUGGCACCCAGUCCAAAGAAGCGUUUGUCAUUGGUCUCGGGGGUGGCAGUGCCUCGGGAAAAACCACCGUCGCUAGGAUGAUUAUUGAGGCCUUGGAUGUCCCCUGGGUAGUGCUCCUGUCCAUGGAUUCUUUCUACAAGGUCCUGACGAAGGAGCAGCAGCAGCAGGCAGCCAACAACGAUUACAACUUCGACCACCCCGAUGCUUUCGAUUUUGACCUGAUCAUCUCCACCCUGAAGAAACUCAAGCAAGGCAAAAGUGUCAAGAUCCCCAUUUAUGACUUCACCACCCACAGCCGCAAGAAAGAAUGGAAAACCCUUUACGGAGCCAAUGUGAUCAUAUUUGAAGGCAUCAUGGCGUUUUCAGAUAAGGAGCUCCUUAAGCUUCUGGACAUGAAGAUCUUUGUCGAUACCGACUCGGACAUCCGCCUCGUUCGGCGUCUGCGUAGGGACAUCGGCGAGCGCGGCCGGGACGUCGAGGGGGUGAUCAAGCAAUACAACAAGUUUGUAAAACCGGCUUUUGACCAGUACAUCCAACCCACGAUGCGGCUGGCUGACAUCGUCGUCCCACGUGGCAGUGGAAACACCGUGGCCAUUGACCUGAUUGUCCAGCAUGUGCACAGCCAGCUGGAAGAGAGGAAGCUUCGCUGGGAUAUGGCAGCUCUGGCUUCGGCCCACCAGUGCCACCCCCUCCCCAAGACCCUCAGUGUGUUGAAGAACACCCCGCAGGUCAGAGGCAUGCACACCAUCAUCCGAGACAAGGAGACAAGCCGGGAUGAGUUUAUUUUCUACUCCAAGCGGCUGAUGCGGCUACUGAUCGAGCAUGCGUUGUCUUUUCUGCCUUUCCAGAGCUGCACGGUUCAGACUCCCCAAGGGCAGGACUAUGAAGGUCGAACCUAUCGUGGGAAACGAAUUACGGGCGUGUCCAUUUUGAGGGCUGGGGAGACCAUGGAACCGGCACUGCGGGCCGUUUGCAAAGACGUCCGAAUCGGCACCAUCCUGAUUCAGACGAACCGCCACACAGGUGAACCAGAGUUACACUACCUGAGGCUUCCGAAAGACAUCAGUGAAGAUCAUGUGAUUCUAAUGGACUGCACGGUCUCGACAGGAGCGGCCGCCAUGAUGGCUGUGCGGGUGCUGCUGGAUCAUGAUGUACCUGAGGAUAAAAUCUUCCUGUUGUCCCUUCUGAUGGCUGAGAUGGGGGUCCACUCGGUGGCCUACGCCUUCCCUCAGGUGAAGAUCAUCACAACAGCGGUGGACAAGAAAGUGAAUGACGUCUUCCGCAUCAUUCCAGGCAUCGGAAAUUUUGGAGACCGUUACUUUGGCACCGACGCUCCUCCCGACUGGAGUGAUGAUGAAGACCUUUUGGAUUCGUAGCUGGGCAUCUAUU